AUGGACAAGAUGCUAGCUAAGUUGGCUUGGUCGCGGGCAGACGUGGACUUGAACGUGGCGAAGAACUGGGGUGGAAAGAAAGUGGAGGCUUCGGUGCUCAACCACGGAGUGCACAAAGCAAAGAAAAACCGCGGGCAAAAGCGGAAAAUCUGGUGGCAAAAGCACCUGGAAAGAAAGGCCGGCAAGUGGGGCGGCGAGUGGGGCGGCGACUAUCAGGGCGACGAUGAGGAGAAUAAGGAAGAUGAGGAGGAAGGCAAGGCCCCUCCUCCUGUGGAUCCAAACCACGAGCCCCUGGGCAAGAAGGACGGCCCCGACGAUGACCACCACGAUGAUCCGGGCCGCACAGUGGAUUCAGCAGGAUCGGCAGGAUUGCCGCCGCCGAUCCACGACCCAGACAGUGCCGACGAAGCCGAGGCACCCGGGCUUAUCAUGCAUGGGCUGGGUGCUAGUGUAUGCUCCUCGUGCAGGUAUAUCUACAUGCCGAACUGCGGGGACGAUGCUGGCUCUGGGGACUAUACCAUCCAGGCUGGCCUUGGUCGUGGUGCCGCUGCCUUGGCUGUGUUUGUGUCUGUUCAGGAGCCCGACUUCACGGACUAUGUCGUCGAGGUGGCUGUUGCUGUGGUGUCGUUUGCUGGGAAAAUGAAUGGCCGCAGCUUGGGUGCUGUUGUUGCCUACAAGCAUGCAUAUGUUCUGCCGUCACUCAUGGGAAAGCCAGCUGCCAAGAAGGCCAUGGCCAAGGCGAAGAACGGUCCCAAGGCAGCACCCAAAGCCACUCCCAAGGAGCUCAAGAAGCAGGAGAUGGAGAAGGCUGCUAAGAAAAAAGAUCAAAGCAACUUGGUCACUACCCUCAAGAAUGCGAAGACCAAGCUCCAGGGAGUGCAGAACGGCACGAUUCAGGUCAGCGACGGCGAGCUGGAAAACCUCAAGAACAAGGCCGAAUUUUUCGAUCGCUAUGUGAGCUUGGAUCGCAAUGAUCCAGAAAAGGCGCAAAUGUUGGCUGCCUUCUUGGCAGACAAGACAUGCAACAACUACAUGCAGAAGAUUCGGGAGAUCUCCACCGAAACGAAAACCGAGGAUGAAAAGGCUUCGGGAUUUGUGACACAAUGGGAGAUUGCCGCCAAAGAGAACCUUCCGGUCGACAGCCCGCUCUUGCAGAAGUUGUUGGACGGUCUCAAGUUCGACUACGAUUGGAACGAAGCGGUGCCCAGAGAAAAGGUUUUCAAGGAGGCCGGUGAAAAGCGAUUCUUCUAUGAGAAGAAUGCCAUGACAACCGAGAAGACCUCCUUCAGCUCCAAGUCCGGUAUCACCGCAGCAGGAGAUCUCGGCAAGAAGAAGGCGGACUCCUUCUUGAACGACAAGGACACAAGCACCGCCGACCCCGCCGCCAAGGUGAAGAUCGAGUUCCCCUUGCAUGUGGAGUUGGUCUCGAGCGUGAAAGUGCUGAAGAGCGGCAAGCAGAAGAUCCAGAAGGAGCUCAACACAGGCAAGGACUUGUGCCAGAAGCUUGCCACCGGCGGCGGCUACGACACGACCGAUCUGGCCAAUGCGAUUGACACCUUCGACAACUACCUCGCUACCCUGAGGCAGCGGAUCGCAACUGCCGAGGAGGUCCAACCUCCUGAUGUUACCAAGGAAGUGGUGGCUGAGCUAAAGGCAGAAAUCGAUAUCGCCGACACACAUCUGGAUGCCUUUAAGAGGGCCAUGACUAAGGAGUCUGAGCUUCAAAGGCAUGCUCGGGCUGCAGCUGACAUGGGGAUCGAUCGUGAAAGCCUCACCGGGCUCGGGAUUUGGGGCGAUGGUGUUCCCAUGACCCGAAACAGAAACCAGAGCUUGGAGAUGCUCAGCUUCAACAUCCUCACAUGUCAGCUUCGCAGCACAAUGCGAAUUCCAGUUUUCGUCAUUCAGAAACAUUGGCUAGCCCGUGGGGGAUCUACAUGGGAUGCUGUCAUGGAUGUGCUUCGGUGGUCUUUGACAUGUGCAACUUCUGGUCAAAUGCCAAAGUACGAUCACACAGGUCUGCAGCCGCUUAAGGAACCAUGGAGAAAACAAAGGGCAUUGAUCCAUACGCCUCGAAGUGUUUUGCUGGAAAUACGAGGCGACUGGGCUUUUUUCAAGCAGGUGCUGAACGAAGCCUCUGGUUGUUGUUGGAUGUGCGACAUUAAGCCUGAAGAUAUCCGAGAGGUUUCAGGUGAAGCUGCAUGGAUGCAGCCAGAGCACAGGAAGACUCCGUGGCAGGCACUCAUGGCUGCUCCUAGCAUCAGUCCCAUUUUCGCAACACCGUAUGUUGGAACUGAGUGCAUCCAAAUGGAUUGGUUGCAUGUGGUGGACAUAGGAAUUGCUUUGCAGUUCCUGGGAUCCAUAAUGAAGUACUUCUGCUCGAAGUUUGAAGGGACGUUUGACGAGCAGGUUCGAGAAAUGUUCCGCUGCAUUUUGGAGUUCUAUGAUGUCCAGGCCGUGGAAUAUAGGUUUGAUCAUCUAAAGCCUUCAAUGAUCAAGGAUCCUAAGAAGAAGUUCCCCAAGCUUAGAGCAAAAGCUGGGGAAUCGCGAUGCCUGGUGCCUUGGGCUGCACAGAUGGCUGAUGCUCUUAGGGAUGCUGACAAUGAGGUGGAACAGACCAUGUACAAGUGUGCCUGGCAUUUCAACAAAUGCUAUGAGCAACUGAGUAGCAGAACGUUCGAUGCUGCUGUUUUGGCCGAGCAUGGAGUUGCAUUCGCAAAUCUCUAUGUCGCUCUGCAUGAGCACUUCACGGUGCAAGGAGUCUGCCUCUUCAAGGUGACUCCUAAACUGCAUCUCUUUUGCGAAAUCAGCUAUCGAGGCCGGGAUUGCCCCAGUGUGCACUGGUCAUACCGAGAUGAGGAUUGGGGCGGGAAGAUGGCUAUUCUUGCAGCCAGCAAAGGAGGAGCCAACACCCCGAAUGCCUUGGCCAAUGCUUUCUUUUCUCGUUUCACCUCGGGGCAUAAAGUGCCUGUGCUUUGA